AUGAAUGAAAAAAGCAAUUUUUCACACUUGCUUGCAACCAACUACAAAACACUCAUCACGGGUUAUCUUGAAGAAGAUAUUCCUUCCUUUGAUUACGGAGGCUUUGUAGUGGGUGAGAAAGAACAAAAAGCCAUUUUAUAUUGUAAGGCAGAAGGUGUUGUUGCUGGUGUGCCUUUUUUUGACGAAGUAUUCAGACAACUUGAUUGCAAAGUUGAAUGGAAUGUAAAAGAAGGGGAUUAUCUUCAACCCAAAGGAAAGCAAGCUGUUGCAACUGUCACCGGUAAAGCACGUAAUAUUUUGUUGGGCGAAAGAACUGCCUUGAAUAUCCUUUGUCGCUGCAGUGGUAUCGCAUUAAGAGCACGAAGAGUAAGCGAGUUGCAGAAAUCUAAAGGAUUCAAAGGAAUUAUAGCUGCUACUCGAAAAACUACUCCAGGCUUUAGAUUGGUUGAAAAGUACGGUGUGCUUGUCGGAGGAUUGGAUACACAUAGAAUGGAUCUUUCGUCGAUGGUUAUGCUUAAAGACAAUCAUAUUUGGAGUUCAGGAUCUAUCACAAAGGCUGUAGAAAAUGCUCGUAAAGCAUGUGGUUUCUCACUUAAAAUCGAGGUCGAAUGCCAAUCCGAGCAAGAAGCUGAUGAAGCAAUUGCAGCAGGUGCUGAUAUUAUCAUGCUGGACAAUUUUACAGGGGACGCAUUAAAGCAAGCUGCCAAGAGGAUAAAAGAAAGAUGGAGUGCUAAAGGAAAGACGCAUUUCCUUAUCGAAAGCAGUGGUGGAAUCACUUAUGAAACUUGCGCCAAUUAUUUCUGUGAUCAUAUUGAUAUUCUUAGUAUGAGCACCAUCACGCAAGGUGUGCCUCACGUCGAUUUUUCAUUGAAGAUCAGUCAAUAACAGAUCUGACUCAGAAUUCAUUCAAAGGCUUUUGAUUUCCCUUUUUCGUCUAUAGCUACUAUACAAAAAUUUCUAUAAAUGCUUUUAGAUCGUAAACAUAACACAAAGUUACUUACUGUACCGUGGUUACGUCGUAGACAUAAUUCUAAAGAUUUUUACAUAAAGCAUGCUUUUGAAAUCAACGAAUAUUUCAUCUUGAUUACUGAUCUGCGUUUAGCAUGGUUUGAACAUGGCGAUUUCAAGCGCAUUCAACAGAAUGCCAGAUUGCUUAAUAUUGAUAUUGACAGCGAAGAGGAAGCUAGACUUGUGCUCAUUAGAAUAAAAAAGC